CACGCCCUCUAGGUAACAGAAACGUUUCGAUUCUUCUUUCUAACCUUCUUUCUCUCUUCCUUUAACAGAAAGAAAGAUGCUUGUUUGCUGUUAGAUGUAAACUUGAAAGCUCUCUCUCUCUCUCUCUCUCUCUCUCUCUAUCUCUCUAUAGUCUCUGAAUAUAUAUAAGAAAACGGCAAAGAAGAGAGAGGAAAGAGAGAUGGGUAUGCUGUUAGAUGAGAUAAUAGAGGCCAUGCCUGUGUUUGCUAAAGAGUUAGUUGCUGGGGGUGUUGCUGGUGGCUUUGCAAAGACUGUUGUAGCUCCCCUUGAACGUGUCAAGAUUUUGUUUCAGACCAGAAGAGAUGAAUUCAAGUCUGUUGGGCUGUUUGGAUCCUUUAAAAAGAUUUCACAUACAGAGGGGAUUAUGGGUUUGUACAGAGGAAACGGUGCUAGUGUUGCACGAAUUGUACCUUAUGCUGCCCUGCAUUACAUGACUUAUGAGCAAUAUCGUAGAUGGAUAAUCCUCAGUUUUCCUGAUAUUGGGAGGGGUCCUGUACUUGAUCUCGUGGCAGGAUCAUUCGCUGGAGGAACAGCUGUGCUUCUUACAUAUCCUCUUGAUUUGGUUAGAACAAAAUUGGCUUACCAGAUUGUCAGUUCAUCAAAAGCGAAUAUUAAUGGGGUAAUUGGUAUGGAACUAGUUUAUAAAGGAAUCCGUGAUUGUUUCUCAAAGACUCUUAAGGAAUCUGGGCUAAGAGGUCUCUAUCGUGGUGUGGCUCCAUCUCUUUAUGGAAUCUUCCCUUACGCUGGUUUGAAGUUUUACUUCUAUGAGGAGAUGAAACGACAUGUCCCUGAGGAGCACAAGAAAGAUAUUGUGGUGAAAAUGGUAUGCGGCUCUGUUGCUGGUUUAUUGGGCCAGACCUUCACAUACCCUCUUGAUGUUGUUAGAAGGCAAAUGCAGGUUCAAAGGCUAUCGGUGUCGAAUAGCGCAGAGUUAAAAGGAACCAUGGAAACCCUUAUUAUGAUAAUGCAGAAGCAGGGGUGGAAGCAAUUAUUUUCAGGGCUUAGCAUCAACUACUUGAAGGUUGUCCCUUCCGUGGCGAUUGGUUUUACAGUUUAUGAUAUGAUGAAAGCGAGCCUUAGAGUCCCAUCACGAGAUGUGAUAGAAGCAGUGACUGACAAAAGAAAUAGUCAACCGUCCCUUCAUUCUUGAUAUAAAUUCUUAACUCCUUGCACAAAUAAUCAAAUAUUUUACAUUCAAUUAUUCCAUGCUAUAAAAUGCCACCCGUAGGUUUCAUCCCCUCUUAAGCAAAGGUUGCAAAAGACAUUCAAAGAUUUGAGCAUGUGUAUCCACAGAACUGAAGACAGGAUCCGCAUUCAUCAUUGUAUGUAAAAGAAUGUGUAACAUUGAUUUGAUACAGAAUUUGUCAUCAGCUAAAUUAUAUUUGUAAUAUGAUAUGUCUACAAGGAACUGCUUACGGCAUUUCAAGGGCUGCAAAUGAAAUUAUGCCAAUAGAUUGGUGGCUUCAUCA